GACAUCAGCCCCAUCCACGCGCUCAUGUCAUCCUCAUUCCACACCCGUCUUCGUAGAGCUGUCUACGGAGUACGGAUAACUUCUACCCCUCCCACACAGCUUCACGUAACCUCUGCCCUUUCCCACACACAUAUGCGCCGGAGAAUCUUGCCAUGCCCUCCAUGUAUGAACGGCCACCUCCGGAGCCCCAGGACGCGGUAACUCAGAACAAAAACCCCGACUUAUCGCAGUCCUUCAAGAAUCUUUCGCUAUCGACCUCGCCUGCAGUCCAACAGGCUACCGCACCCUGUGACCAUGGCGCCUUGUCACCUCACAGUGCUUCUCUGCCCCUAACGUCCCCGUCCACGGCUAGAGUCCGACCGUCCCCACGAAGUCCUGCGAAUAGACAGCCGCGAUCAAGGUCGUCUACCCCCACCCUCCUCCGCAAGGCUUCCACCAGCUCCUUAUGGUCCGCCAACGGCAGGGCUCCCAGUCAGCCGCCUUCACGUCGUUCCAGCCUGGUCGCAGCCUCCUCGCCCACUCCGAAGUCACCAUUUGCUUCGGCAAUCUCGGAACACACUUCGAGGUCCGUGCCGACUCCUAGCUCUGUUGCUAGCGAUUACUUCAAGGCUGAACUUGAAAUCCAUCACGGCGCCGACUCUACUACACCCGCUGAUGUCGCCGUCAUUUUACAUGAUGCCUGCUACGGCCACCGAUACUCCCGCCCGAAGACCUCGAGGGCUGCCCUCAGCACCAUCGUUGAGCGCCCCGAGAGGAUCAGGGCGAGCGCAUUGGGAGUUGCCAUGGCUUAUGUCCGGCUGGGACAGCGUCACUGCGGCGGAUCAUAUGCUAUCCACCCUAAACUGGAUCCAGGAACAGUUCCUAUACCUUUUCGGAUUCUGAAGACCGCCCGCAGGCUACCGCUAAUGUCUCCUGUUGUGACUAAUGUUCACGGCGCCAAAUGGAUGGAGGAGCUCAGAAUAAUGAGCACCUCGGCCGAGAACAAGCUGGCAAUGGGUGGCAAAGAGCUACAAAGACCUGAAAUGAAUCGAGGGUCUGACCAGGGUGCUCCUGCAAAAUUCCACGAGGGUGACCUGUAUUUGUGUGCGGAAUCUCUGGAUGCCUUGGAGGGGGCUCUUGGUGCUGUGUGCGAGGCCGUGGACCGCGUUUUCACCACAGGCCCUCGUCGUGCUUUUGUUGCCAUCCGACCGCCUGGUCAUCACUGCUCGGCGUCGUUUCCGUCGGGCUUCUGCUGGAUCAACAAUGUACAUGUUGGUAUCAUGCAUGCCAUCCUCCAUCACGGUUUAACACAUGCGGCCAUCAUCGACUUCGACCUUCAUCACGGAGAUGGCUCCCAGGCCAUCGCAUGGCAGCAAAACGCAAGGGCCUCGGCGGCAUCGAAGAAUUCAGCGGCGUGGAAGAAGGCUUCCAUCGGAUACUUCAGUAUCCACGACAUCAACUCGUACCCCUGCGAAGCAGGAGACGAAGACAAAGUCAAGAAUGCUAGCUUGUGCAUUGAAAACGCACAUGGUCAGACUAUAUGGAAUGUGCACCUCCAGUCGUGGGUCACGGAAGCCGAGUUCUGGGACAUGUAUGAGACGAGGUAUGCCGUCCUUCUCGACAAAGCGCGAGUAUAUCUCAGGCAACAAGCCAUUCGUUUGCGUGCGGCGCAGCAACACCCAAAGGCGGCCAUCUUCUUCUCAGCCGGCUUUGACGCCAGCGAGUGGGAAAUGAAGGGUAUGCAACGUCACAACGUGAAUGUACCCACUGGGUUUUAUGCUCGGAUAACCCAGGAUGUCGUUAAAAUGGCAGCAGAGGAGGGCUUAGAGGUUGGUGGCCGGGUAAUCAGCGUUCUCGAAGGAGGCUAUAGUGACCGAGCGUUGUCAUCCGGCGUCUUGAGCCAUAUCAGUGGACUGGUCGGCGGCGAACAACCCAAAGCGGCCGAGGCCCAGACCCAUGGCAGUUUGAUGGGCCAGAAGGUAACAACCGCAGAGGACGGCCAGCUCGGUAUCCAGGCAAUUGCUUCACAUAAUUCCUUGCAGUUUUACGACUCCUCCUGGUGGUCCAGCACGGCGCUCGACGAUCUUGAAGCUGGCACGGGGGACGUAAUGGAGUCGCGGAAGUCUCGCCGCAGCACACCUUCGACUUACUCAUCUCCGACCCAGGCCUCGACGGCAAAGAUCGUUCAGCCCAUGAAAAAACCGCGGAGCAUAUCAGGUCUCUCAUUCCUCAAUGACAUGGUUUCACGCCCGCCAACGCCUCCGCCCCCCGACGUGCCGUGGAUAACGGCAGUGCAUGAGCUCAGCAACCUCUUAAUUCCUAGCGAUCGUCAAACUGAAAGUUGCAAAGCUGAGGAUCUCAAUGCAGAGGCGACGCGGGCUCGCAGAAACAAGCAGUCUCUGCUCAACCCGCCAGUACCACCCCCAGAACCGGUAGCGCCGAGGUUUACCACUUCACGAAUGUCCCUGCGCGAGCGCAAACCAACCAGGCAUGCGGCAGACGAGCGGCGACCCAUAGUCGCAGCUGAUGCCGAGCGAGACAAGACAAGGAGAAAGACUGUAGUUGGAUCUCCAGUAUUAGGCUCUGGAAGUGCGACGGCUGGUACGGUGUCCGGAUUCAGCGGCCCCGGCCAGGGGAAGAGGGCUGUACGACGACUUAGUGCGACAUCGUCCAACUCGUCCAUUAUACCAGGGUCGUCACGUGGCCCGGCGGGGGCUGCUAGGGAACAGCAACCCGGAGGAACAAGCCUGCGCCGGGGAUCAGCGCCAGCGAAGGAUGCUGCCAUCCCGAAAAGUAACGCCACCGAUGUGCGUAAAACCAAGGUUCCGGCCACCUCGCGGGGAGGGACAGCCAGGGCAUUACGAGGGAGCAAGAAAACUGCGGCAGCAGCAAACGGUCCAACACUGGAGCCACCACGUGUAUCCGCAUCUAGCGGCGACGAACCACCGACUGGUCAAAUUCACCACUCAACCGAUGAUGGUGUGGAACAGAUAACGACGGGUAUGAAGAAAAUCAGGAUAAAUCUGAUUACCCAGUCUCAGAAGGAGGACAGAGCCCGGGCCGCUAGAGCGAUCGCGGCGAAGACAAAAUCGGCCAAAUAUGAGAGCUUGAACCAUCAACCUGGCGUGGCGACCGUCUCGCCGGAGAUGCAAGCCGUGUCUCCUUUCCAGCAAAGCAAUGCCCCUCUGUCACCCAAACCGCUACCGGUUCAGACGACAGUGCACCCUGAUAUGUCGACACCAGUUCCCGGCCAAGCACAAAUGGUACCAUCUCCCACGUCGCUUCCGGUGCUUGAAAUCGACUCCACCGGGCCGGUGUCUGAGCGUGCCGUGCCUGCCAUCUCCGGCACCUCUGUUGACCACUGUCAGGCGGUCGAACCAACCCCGUCACAAGCACCGCAACGCGACGACUACAGAUUGUUGCCUCCGAACAAAUCUACUCUAACUGCGGUGAAGGGAAAUGAUUUACCCGUGUUUACCUCGACGUCGAACAUUCGAUUUGACCCGCCACAAACGUACGGCUCCUGGGAGGAAGACAGUGAAGCGAAAUUCAAGCCUUGAAUAAAGGCCGAAUAUCUGAAUCCUGGUUAGGAUGCGUUGAGAGCUUUGCUAGCGGCAUAAACCCAACCACAUCUCAUAUAUCUACUUUCUGUGUGUGUCGAUUAGUAGGCUCCGGCUAUGUAUGUGCGCGUUGUAUUGUAUUGUGUCUCUUUGGUUUUUUUUUCCUAUCUACGUGCUAUAAUACCCUUGCCUAUAUGUAAAUUCUACACUCUAACCCCUAUUUAAUUAUGUGUAAAGUUGUGGCGCAGCCCCACUAUAUCGGCUAUAUUAGCUACUAGAGUCCACAC